UUCUAGAAUAGUUCUAGAACUGCACUAAAGGGAUCAUCAUAAAGAAACAAAUUGAUUCCAUAACAGCAAUUUCCCCUGAACUCACAAGUCUCAAGAUUUUCUGAUGGGAAAUAUAACCAAGAAGGGAAGCAGAAACCUGGUAGUUGACAGUACCAAGUCACUGGAGGACAGCUCAACCACAGCACUGCACACUAAGCUUUACGAAGCCAUAAUCAAAGAUGACUGCACUACAAUCAAGGCACUUCUCAGAAACCACCAUGUCAACCAGCCCCUGACUAUUCUGGCCAGCUCCACCAGCUAUAGAUUACAUCUGAGCCAGCAAACACAGUCCAUUAUCCCAAUUCAUCUGGCCGCAGAAUACCACAAGGCACCAAGUUUGCUCUGUUUGUUAGAACAUGGAGCUGAUCCAGAAGUAAGGGACACACGCGGCCUCACAGCUCUUCACUUGAUGCUACUGCAUUGGCCAAUCACUUCUACCACAUGGACAAAACCAGGCGACAGAAUCCAAAGGAUCCUGACAGACAUUCAGAAUAAUGCUGUACUGUGUCUCCGCAUUUUAUGUGAACAUGGAGCUCAAGUUAAUGCCCGGGUAGACAACAGCAACAAACAUUCACCCCUCCACCUGGCCAUAACAUAUGGAACCUACCCAGUUCUCUCCAUUUUGGCCCAAAAUGGUGCUCAGGUCAAUGCCAUUAAUGAAUCCAGCAUGACACCCCUUCACAUGGCUGCAGAUGUACUGAAUAAGGAAAUGAUGGAAACGCUCAUUGCAUGUGGUGCAAAUGUUAACUGUGCUGUCUCUUCUACCGGGAACACAGCCCUGAAGCUGGCAGUGUGUACAGCAUCAAGCAAGGCAGGCCGAUUGCUAGCAGCAGGGGUUAGCUGCAUCCGUAUGCUGCUAAUUCACGGAGCCAAAGUUAAUGCCCAGGACCAUGAAGGUCAAACAGCUCUCCAUGAGGCAUGUUUUGGAGGCAGAGAGGCAAUAAUCAAUCUCUUGCUGGAAUUUGAAGCAAAUGUCAACAUUUUAACAAAAAACUCAGAAUCUCCAAUUUAUAUGUACCUUCAACGCAGUUCCAAUGUCAGAGAUACGACACUUCUUGCCAGGCUACUUCAUCACACUUACCCUUUGAGACUGACCAAUAAGCAAGGUAUCCUACCUGCAGGAAUCAUGCUACCAGAAUUCCACCUCUUAAAGGAAAACCUAAUAAACUUAUCUCAAAAACCUUUAUCCCUAGAGGAUAUCUGUAAAAGAAACAUCAGAAACGUUUAUGGUGAGAAAUACAAACAACACCUGAAGAAACUUCUCCCGAUGAAGAUGUGGAACUCUAUAUACUGCUGUUAUGAUUUAGCUUACCUCUUGAAAUAAGACCUCCAGGUUCCUUAGUGCCAGAGAAUUUCAACAACUCAAAAUGUUUUUUCUGGCUAGACAUACACCAGAAAAUACAUAACUCAUCAUCCUUACAUCCCAAUGUAGAAACUACUGGUUCCUAAACCCUUUUCAAAAAAUAAAGUGAUUUGCACAUCAAUUUUUUAAAUAUUUUUAGUUGUACAUGGGCUCAAUACUUUAUUUAUUUUUAUGUGGUACUGAGGAUAGAACCAAGUGCCUCACGUACAAGGCAAGUGCCUUACCACUGAGCCACAAUCCCAGCCCCUGCACAUUAACUCUUAUGCUCCUUAAUUUUCUUUUAAAUGCCUUUAUCACAAUUUAAGUUUUGCCUGAAAAAUAAACAACUUACUUUAAAACUUGUCAGCAAAAGAAGAAAAUAUUUUUCUUGAUAGUCUUUUGUGGAUUAAAAACUGGAAUAGUGCUCAUCAUCAUUUUUCAAGCAGCAAAAAAUUAAACUUUCCCAGAAAGUUUAUUAUCUAAUGCUAUGAUAAUAUAUAAGCAUUUCUGACAGUAAAAGUACAUUCAGCAUCACUAAUAGUACCUGGACUCCAAGAGUAAUGUUCAAAUACUCUAAAAUUGCUGUUUUUAAUUUAAUCUAAGGUUUUCUUGACUGGACCUAUGCAAUGAUGAUUUAUACAGAAGUAACAAUGACCUUCCAAGUAUAUGAACAAGGAUACAUCAUCUCACUGUACCCAGGGAGCCCACAUCAAGUCACCCCUCACAUAAAGUCACCACUACUGCUUUCAAGGAUUCAGAUACCCAACUUACCUUCAGAUCUCUGUGUACAAUUCCCAUGUCAUGUAUGUAAAAUACACCUUCCACCAAUUCUUGAAAAAUUUUUGUUGCAACACUGGCCAUAACAUAAGGACCUGGAAGGCAGGGUGGGAAAUAGCUUCAUUUCUCUAUUUUUUUAAAUCCAUUAUAUUAAUAUCUAAAUGUUAAGGUGAUUCAGACACUUAGGCAACACUCAAGUUUUUAACAAAGUCAAGGAGCUGUGGAGCACAAUCUGAAGCACAAAGUCAACACAGAAAGUGUUCCUCAGCUAGAGAAGAAACCAUCAGACUGGCACCCAAUCCUUGAUGGACUGUGUCACCUGAAAGAAAGGACCUCUAAUUUCACCCAGAAUCAAUUUCACCCUGUAUCAAUUACCUUUUAAACAAUUCUCAGGCAUUAGAUGACUAGCUUAGAUAUAGUUUAAGUUCCCAUCAACCCUUGACAUCCUGAGAUCUAAUGCUAAUAAAUCCAAUUUAUUAGCCCACAAUAUAUUAAAGAUAUUACAAAUAGUGGAAUAAGAUAAAUUUCAUUUGAUUGAGAGUUUUAAAUUUCUAUCAUCUGGAAGACUUAUUUGCAAAAAUGACUGACAAAUGAAGUACGUGGCAAAAAGAAAAAAGUAUAGGGCAUGGUGGUGCAAGCCUAUAAUCCCAGUAACUUGGUAGGCUGAAGCAGGAGAAUCAGAGGUUCGAGACCAGCCUGGGCAACUUAACCCUUAACUUAACCCUUUCCUCAAAGUAAAAAAUAAAAGGGAUUGAAGAUAUAGCUCAGUAGUAAAGCAUCUUUGGGUUUCCCAGUACCAAGAAAAAAAAAAGUGAACUAAUUCAU